CCUCCCUACAAGCUAUAAAAUCGGAGGCCGGGCCUGAGAGCUUCAUUUGCCUCCGGGACAGGCAACAGUUCGGACGGCAAAUCAGGAAAAUAAACUCUAUAAUCAAAAUUCAAAAAGGUCUCGAAAACUUUAUAUUUCGCCAGGUGCGGCGCGGCCAAGAUGUCUGCACUGCGGAUGCUCCCGCGUGCAAGACCGAUGCAUCUGGACUCUAGCGUGGUGAUGGGUCUGCGCUUCGCCAGCGGCGACCAGACCCGCAUAAUGAGCGGCGACCGCGAGGUGGUCGGCUACGGCAUCAACGGACGCCCCAUCUACUUCGACAGCCAGGACUGCCCCUUUCCGGCCAUCCGCUUCCGGGAGCUCACCCCGGAGGUCUGCGCCAUCCGCGAGAAGGAGCUGGGCGACUGGAAGAAGCUGUCGCUGUGCGAGAAGAAGAUGCUGUACCGGCAUAGCUUCUGCCAGACCUACGCAGAGUUCCAGAAGUUCACCCCGGACUGGAAGCUCGUCCUGGGCCUCGGAUUGUGGUCACUGGCGAUCGGCUGCGCCAUCACCGUGAUAAGCAAGCUGAACUUGUACAACGAUCCGCCGGAGACGUUCGAGGAGGACCGCCGCUCUGCCCAGCUGCGCCGAAUCAUUCAGCUGCAAAUGAACCCGAUCACCGGGCUGUCUUCCAAGUGGUGCUACGAGCGCAACCAGUGGAAGUAGGGAGUGGGAGUCGGAAGCCCGUUCCACGCACAUGCCAGACACAAGCAUUCCAACCACACACGAGUACGAGCGAGGGACAAUAUGCUGAUGAUGCCGAGGAUGAUAGCCUAUUGAAUUGCCGUUUCGUUUCGUAUUGACAAGUACACAAGCUGCAACCGUUGUGUUCGAUAACCCAUCCACUAUCCCGCCAUCAAGCUAAACUAUCAACAGCAUUAUCGAUUGCCAAGGAUCGUUAUAUGUUCUAUGUUCAAUGUACACUGUACACUGUACACUUUACACUUUACACUGCCCCCACACCGAAGGACACUACAUACGCUAUGGGACACCAACAUGCACACUCUGUAACCAGCCCAGCUGAGGACUGACUGGUCACAGCCCAUAAACAUAAUUUGUUUACUCAUUACACUAUUCGGCCAAACAAAUGUAACUACCGCCCUUACACACCCAGGACACCCUGCGUAGCACAUGCCACGUAAGACAUUGCCACGCAGAAUAUUGAAUAUAUAUCUCGACACUUCAGUCUCUACAAUAGACACAUGCAUAUACCUCACUCCGCACACGUAGCCCCCAACAUGUUUCAUAACCGGACAUGAAUUGUUGCAUUCCACACACUCACCACACUUCGCACACUCUUACGCAAUUGGUAAAUAAUUAGGAUAAUAAUCGACACUCGUACAAUCAUUACAAUACUGUCACUGUCACUGACACUGUCACUGUCACUCGCAGGCAAUUCCGUUCUCUUCCUUGGAUUGUAAAGAAGCGUGAACUGUGGUGCGAGAAUAAAGGCGAUUAUAAGAAUCGAA